AUGAGCAUUGGAUACCAAACAGAAUUGGUCUACCUGUGGAACUGCUACCUGUCAAAAAAGUCCAAAAGGCGGACUUAUCGCAAAGAACUGUGGGAGACGCUAAAAGAAUCAAUCGUAGCCUACACGGGCCUCUCUCCAGCUACUUUCUUCACGGUUCUUGCCGUAGGCCUCACCCUUUACUACGUCGUUUCGAAUUUGUUCGGCUCCUCCGAUGACGGCCAUAUCCAGCAGAGGUCGAGAGGUUUUGAGGAACAAAUGGAGCCUCUGCCGCCUCCGGUUCAGUUAGGUGAGAUCACAGCUGAGGAGCUUAAGCAAUACGAUGGUUCUGAUUCUAAGAAGCCCCUGCUCAUGGCUAUUAAGGGUCAGAUCUAUGACGUCACGCAGAGCAGGAUGUUCUACGGACCCGGUGGGCCCUACGCUUUAUUCGCGGGGAAGGACGCCAGCAGAGCACUGGCAAAGAUGUCUUUUGAGGAAAAAGACCUUAACGGCGACCUUACCGGGCUGGGUGUUUUUGAACUCGAGGCUUUGCAAGAUUGGGAGUACAAGUUUAUGAGCAAAUAUGUCAAAGUCGGGACCAUCAAGACAACUGUACCUAUAAAUGAAGGCGCAAGUGAAGCGCAACCAGCCGAAAGCAAUGACCCGAAGCCUGUUGAUGAUGAAGCCUCAAAGCCAGCUAAUGUUGAUGCCUCAAAGCCUGUUGAUGGUGAAGUCUCAAAGCCUGUUGAUGAUGAAGCCUCAAAGCCUGUUGAUGGUGAAGUCUCAAAGCUCGCUGAGGAUGUCCAGUCUGAGUCCGUCAAGAAAACGGAAGAAACUGUGGAGAAAAAAGAGUGA